GUUGCUUCCAUGACUAAUUGCUUCAAGAACAAAGUGAUUCACCUCUCAAGAUUUUCUGAAGUAUGGGCAAAGAUUGAUGAUUACUUUCAGGCAGCCUCUUCUGCUCGUGUUCAAAGUCUCAAGAGUCAAUUGAGAUUGUGCAAGAAAACAGGUUCCGCUGCUGAUUACUUGUCCAAAAUUAGAAGAAUUGUUGAUGCUCUAUUUGCUGUGGGAUAUGAAGUGCCAGAAGAUGAUCAUCUUCAGGCUAUUAUUGAGGGUCUUUCUGAAGAAUAUACAGUGUAUAUUUCUUCCGUAACAGCAAAGAGAGGAUCUUUUAGGAUUGUAGAGGCUGAAGCAUUUUUGCUUUCCCAUGAAGAAAUGCUUGAACGCUUCAAGAAACCAACCUCUGGUAUGCCUAUAGCCCAUUAUGUGCAGAACCCUUCUCCAAAUUUCGAUCCCAACAGAGGUAAUACUUUUAGAAGAGGACGUGGAGGCAGAAAUAAUAGAGGAGGAGGCAGAUUUGGAUACAACAACAAUAACACAAGAAUGCAGUGUCAACUAUGUGGAAGGAUGGGUCAUGUGGUAUGGAACUGCUAUCAUAGGUUUGAUCAGUCUUUCAACCCUAAUUCUGGAAACCCUAACUCAUCUUCUCAGCCUCCCUACCUUAAUGCUCAACCUCCACCACCCCCUUCCAGUUUCCAUCAACCAACUGCAUAUCUCACAGGCUCUUCCUCCUCCAUAAGUGAUGCUGCCUGGCUUGCAGAUUCUGGUGCGAGCCAUCACUUGACCCCCGAUCCAUCCAAUUUGCUAACUUCCACUGCGAGCAACAAUGACUCCGAUCAAGUGUAUGUAGGUAAUGGGUCAG